AUGGAUUCGUGUUGCACGACCGAACACUUGGUGGAGUCAAUAACCACGGGUGAAACUAUCUUGGUUAAGUGGUACAAGAAGACCGCCGAGAUCAUCGACGGUAUUGCCAAAAUGAAAACACAAGAAGUGAUGGUGUUUAAGCUAGACGAACAAGGAAAUGCUGUUUACACUCAAGACAUCGGGAGAUCUCAGUAUUUUCCUCUCAAAGUCUGA